GUGUCUACAUUAAGUUUACCAUCAGAGAAGGCUGCAAGGAGGUUUGCUCGCGGCGGGAAAUCUCCACUACGUCAUAACUAGGUCUGGCAAUAUUGGGUGGUUGUCAGCUGACAAAUUAAGGAGAGCUACAUCGUUAGUUCUCAAACAAAACACAAUGGCGGACGAGUGGGAUGAUGGAAAUACGAGCGCACCCUCCCAGGGAUUUGGAGCUGGGAGGGGCUUUGGAAGAGGCGGCUUUGGUGUAUCCAAUGGAACCGAUGGUGUCAAGAAAGUGUUUGGAUUCCGUGGCCGAGGAGGCUUAGCUAAAGAAAGUGAAAACAGUUCUGGUGACAGCACCAGUAGACCAGGUGGAUUCGGGACAAGGAAUGGAGACACUCAGAAUGGGUUUGGUUCCAGAGGGGGUUUCGGGAGCCGUGGAGGCUCCCGAGGGGGUUUUGGUGGUUCCAGGGGCACAUCAGAUAAUGAUGGAGGAUGGGGGGAUUCAGGGAACUCCGACUCGAAACCAAGUCGGGGUGGUUUUGGUGGUAGCCGAGGUGGUUUUGGAAGCCGGCCACAGGCAAAUGGACAGAGUACUGAUGACAACAGUUGGGGAGGAGAUUCCAAACCAAGUAGAGGAGGAUUUGGCAGUAGAGGAGGAUCCAGAGGUGGAGGAUUUGGAAGCAGGGGAGGUUUUGGAUCAAGUGACAAUGACGAUGCUCCAAGGGGUGGAGGUUUUGGUGGUCGUGGUGGCAGUAGCGGCGGUGGCAGCGGGUGUUUUAAGUGUGGGGAGGAGGGGCACAUGUCCCGAGAAUGUCCUAACGCUGACAGCUCAGGAGGGCGAGGUGGAAGCCGUGCCUGUUUCAAGUGUGGUGAGGAAGGCCACAUGUCCAGAGAGUGCCCCAGUGGGGGUGGAGUCUUGGUGUUUUCAGGCGGCGGUGGGAGCCGUGCCUGUUUCAAGUGUGGUGAGGAAGGCCACAUGUCCAGAGAAUGUCCCAGUGGAGGAGGUGGUGGUGGUGGUGGAAGCCGUGCCUGUUUCAAGUGUGGCGAGGAAGGCCACAUGUCCAGAGAGUGUCCCAGUGGAGGAGGAGGUGGCGGUGGUAAAGGUUGUUUCAAGUGUGGAGAGGAAGGCCACAUGUCCAGGGAAUGUCCUAAUGCAGACAGCUCUGGCAAAGAGGAUCGGCCACCCCCAUACAUUCCCCCUGCACUGACCGAGAACGAAGACGAGAUAUUCCAGUCCAUAGAGAAGGGCAUAAACUUUGACAAAUAUGACAAUAUCAGUGUGGAAGUGAGCGGGAGAGACCCUGUUGGUUUCAUCAGCUGUUUUGAGGAAGCUGGUCUUUAUCCUACGUUUUUGAAGAAUGUUCGGAAGGCAAAGUACGAGAAACCAACACCUGUACAGAAGUAUUCUAUUCCUAUUAUUGGUGCUGGUCGGGACCUGAUGGCAUGUGCCCAGACAGGAUCGGGCAAAACGGCUGCCUUCUUGUUGCCGACAUUAACCUGUAUGGUGAAGGAAGGAUUGACUACCAGUCAGUUCUCGGAGGUACAGGAGCCUCAAGCCAUCAUUGUGGCCCCUACCAGGGAGCUGGUGGUGCAGAUCCACUCUGAUGCUCGCAAGUUCUCCUGGGGGACGGAGGUUCGCCCCGUGGUGGUGUAUGGGGGGACGUCUGUGGGGCAUCAGCUGAGGGAGGUGGAGAGGGGGGCUCACAUUGUAGUGGGGACUCCAGGGAGGCUGCUGGAUUUCAUUGAGAAGGGCAAGAUCGGUCUGGGUAAAGUGAAGUUCCUCAUUCUGGAUGAGGCUGACAGGAUGCUGGACAUGGGCUUUGAGCCGUGUAUACGCAAGUUGGUAGAUCAGCUGGGGAUGCCUCCUAAGACCCAGAGACAGACACUCAUGUUCAGUGCUACGUUUCCCACCGAGAUACAGAAACUAGCUGCUGAUUUCCUUAAUGAUUACCUGUUCCUGACAGUGGGUCGUGUAGGUGGAGCCAACACAGAUGUGGAACAGAACUUCUUUGAAGUUGACAGACUGCAGAAGAGGGAGAAACUCUGCUCCAUUCUCACAGCAUCUGGUUCUGACAAGACCCUGGUGUUUGUGGAACAGAAGAGAAAUGCUGAUUUCCUAGCUAGUUACCUGAGUCAGUCUGGCUUCCCAACCACAAGUAUCCAUGGUGAUCGUCUUCAGAGGGAGAGAGAGGAAGCCUUGCGGGAUUUCAAGAAAGGAACUGCUCCUAUUCUUAUUGCCACAUCAGUUGCCGCCAGAGGGUUGGAUAUUCCUGAAGUGAAACAUGUCGUCAACUAUGACCUGCCCUCAUCUAUUGAUGAAUAUGUCCAUCGUAUUGGUAGAACAGGUCGCUGUGGCAACUUGGGGAAAGCGACAAGUUUCUACUCCCAUGACUCAGAUAGUGCCUUAGUGAAGAGUUUGGUUCGAAUUCUAACAGAAGCUCACCAGAUAGUGCCUGAGUGGUUGUCGGACUACUCACUGACCAGUGAUGGUAUUAUCGACAGUGCUGUCCAUGGCUUGUCAGGGCAAUAUGGUGGAAAGGAUAUCCGAAGGGGGAAGUUCAAUUCUGGAGGAGGUGGUGGUGGCAAAACAGGCAAUGCUUGGGAGAACAGCUGGAGUGGGGGUGGGGGCAGUGGAGCUGCUGCUUCUGCAGAUGCAGACGAGGAAGAGUGGGACUAAAUUCUUUGCUGGACAUCUGGUCCUCGGAGCACAAAAAACCUUUAUGUUCAUUUAACUUUUUCAUAUUUUAUGAGGUCUACAUCGUUGCUGUUGCUUUUCGUACCUCAUUUUGACAGAUUUUCGAAGCCUUUUGUGAAAUUUGGAAGGCUGUAUUGACUAUGGAUUAUCCAUUGGCAUUUGAUGCAUCUACAGAUCUUAUGAUGCAUUCUGUGAAAGAGACAGUAUUAUGUGCUGCCACAUUGCGUCUGUGAUUACACUGAUGGGAGAAAUCUCUACAAGAGAGGACACUAGUCAGAUGACAGUUUACAAAAGACUUGCUAUUUCUGUUUCAUUUCACUGCAAGAUUGCAAAACACAUGUAUUAUUUGGUAAAGUGCUCAGACUUACAAGAGUAGGCAGAUCAGUUAGCUGUGUGAAGGCAGUACAAUCUGAGAGUUUCCGUAAGGCACACUGGAGUCGAUCCAUCCCUGGCAACCUUUACCUUCUCAUACAGCAUAUGGGCAUUUUAUAAAUGAUAUUAUUUAGCAUGGAUAUUAUUAUUUGGUCCAGAGAUGUGUAAGUGUAGAUCAUCUGGGCAACUCUUUAGGGAUUAAGGAAGAUUGCAGGGAUGGAUUUGUUGCUGCUAAGAGGGUCUCUAUCGUGGUGUCCACUUUAGAGACUCGAGUCAGCUGAGAGCUCAAUGUACAGAGAAUGGGCAUGUGUAUUUAAACUUGAAGUGAACUCGUAACAGAAUACUGAGUGCAAUCACGUACUGUGUAGAAACCUGAAGUCAAAGGUCGACUCAUAGGGAAAUGGGUCAAUCUUGCAUGAAUCCGUCCUUAAUUGGAAACAUUCCAUGGUUGAAGUGGACACAAGGAAUUAUUCAAUAACAUCUGGUGCAAGCUAGUACUACGGGUAAAUGAAUUAACUUUGCUCAAUAGCUAUCACUGCCCAGUCCUAAGGGUGCAAGUAGUGCUUCCAGCCUUAGUACCCCUGUACCGGCUCUGAAGGUGUUCGGUGGAGUUGAUAGCAGAUUCCAAGUGAAAUCUCAUGUGCCAAUAGCUAUUGUGAUGCCAAAUCUUUAAAAGUUUGUAUACAAAAAAGGUUUUAGUAUGAUUUUUGCCGUAUGGUGCUGUAAUAUUGUUUUCAUUAUGGUUACUUUUAAUAAAAAAUGUUUUGUAA